CGCACAGGUAUGCAGGGUGGUAGAUUGCAAACGAAGAGCAGCCAUCAGAGUGUGAGAGGAGACAGUGGCACUGGACACUGCUAGUGUGCCGAGAGUCACAUCCAACACCCACUCCGUUCCUACCUCUCCUCCGGCUCCAUUUCACCAUGUCGAAGGACGCCGCCGACGGCAUCCCUGCGGCCGAGGCGCCGGCAAAGCGCCCUCCCCUCAACAAGUACGCCCUCGCCUGCGCCGUCCUGGCUUCCAUGAAUUCCAUCCUCCUCGGCUAUGACGUCUCGGUGAUGAGCGGAGCGCAGCUAUUCAUGAAGCAGGACUUGAAGAUCACGGACACGCAGAUCGAGAUCCUCGCCGGCAUCAUCAACAUUUACUCGCUCGUCGGCUCGCUCGCGGCGGGCCUGACGUCCGACUGGAUCGGCCGGCGGUACACCAUGGUGCUCGCAGCCGCCAUAUUCUUCGCGGGCGCCCUCAUCAUGGGCCUCGCCCCGAGCUACGCUAUACUCAUGCUCGGCCGCUUCGUGGCCGGCGUCGGCGUCGGCUACGCGCUCAUGAUCGCGCCCGUCUACACGGCUGAGGUCGCCCCCACGUCGGCCCGCGGCCUGCUCACGUCCUUUCCGGAGGUGUUCAUCAACACGGGGGUCCUCCUCGGCUACGUCUCUAACUACGCCUUCCACAGCCUCCCCGUGCACCUCAGCUGGCGCGUCAUGUUCCUCGCCGGCGCCGUGCCGCCAAUCUUCCUCGCCGUGGGCGUCCUCGCGAUGCCGGAGUCACCGCGGUGGCUCGUCAUGCAGGGGCGCAUCGGCGACGCGCGCCGCGUCCUCGCGAAGACAUCCGACUCGCCCGCCGAGGCCGAGGAGCGGCUCGCUGACAUCAAGAGGACCGUCGGCAUCCCGGAGGGCGUUGGCGACAACGACGAUGUGGUAGUCAUCGCCCGCAAGAACAAAGGCACCCAUGGCGAGGGGGUGUGGAGGGACCUGCUCCUCCGCCCGACGCCGCCAGUCCGCCGCAUACUGAUCGCCUGCCUCGGCCUCCAGUUCUUCCAGCAAGCCUCAGGCAUCGACUCCGUCGUGCUGUACAGCCCGCGAGUGUUCGAUAAGGCCGGGCUUCAUUCGGACAGCAACUCCUUGGGCGCCACCAUGGCGGUGGGCGCGUGCAAGACGCUGUUCAUCCUGGUGGCCACGUUCUUCCUCGACCGCGUCGGCCGAAGGCCGCUGCUCCUUACCAGCGCGGGCGGGAUGGUGGUCUCGCUCGUGACGCUGGCCUCGGCGCUGCACAAGAUCGAGAAGCUCCCGGCGGGCCAGGCGACGCCACUGGCGGGCGUGAGCAUUGCGGCGGUGCUGGCGUUCGUGGCGUCGUUCUCGAUCGGCAUGGGCCCGAUCGCGUGGGUGUACAGCUCGGAGAUCUUCCCGCUGCGGCUGCGCGCACAGGGCUGCGCACUGGGAACGGCGAUGAACCGGAUCAUGAGCGGCGCCAUCACCAUGUCCUUCAUCUCGCUCUACAAGGCUAUCACCUUCGCCGGGAGCUUCUACGUCUACGCCGGCAUCGCCGCUGCCGGAUGGGUGUUCAUGUUCUUCUUCCUGCCGGAGACGAGGGGCAGGAGCUUGGAGGACACCGAGAAGCUCUUCGGCGGUGGCGACUGCGAGGACAAGGAAGAUGGACGUGAUCAGCAUAAGAAGUCCAUGGAGUUGAGUAGUAGUCAACCGUGAGUAGCUACUUGAUGGGUGGCAUUCAAGUGGCCUGCACUGCUAGUACGUAGUCAAUACAUGAUCUGGUUAUGAAUUUGGAUUUGUUGUAGCAUUUCUCAAUUGGAGAUCGCACGUUAGUUUGUCAGCCCAGGUGCAUGAAAAAUCCACAUAAAAAUCGGAAUCACGAGAAGCAGUAAUCCACCCAGCCGAAUCCGGCUAAUUCUGCAGUGUCUGGGACUAGAGACCCGUGGGUGAUUUUGAUGAACAUUUCAAGAGAGAGAGUUUCACAAAUUUGGGCCGCGGGUAACUACACUACUAAAAAUGUAAACCUGUUGUCGAUUCUGUAAAUUUGCUGCUUUCGUACCAGUAAAUCUUGAGUGUGUAAGUUUGCUUGUCCUGCCAAGAUCGAGUCAUAUUUGUACGUUAGUGACUCGUACUUUGAUUUUUCUUGAAUAGCUAGGCAGAAGUUGUAUGCUCAUCCGUAUAUUUGAAUAGCUACGCAGAAGUUGUAUGUUCAUCCGGA